ACUUUCUCCUUUCGACAUCUGCCGUCAACGUUCCCUCUUCUACAUCCGCCGCAGAAGUAUGAAAGACAUCGCCGAGCCUCUCAUACCCCACAAGUACUUUACUGGGCAACACCCGCAAGUAUGGAGCCCCCAACAGUUUUGGGCUAACGGCGGAUCAAAGUUGGAACACCCCGCGAAUGUCUAUUACCGCUCAUUGGAGCAUAUCAGGAAUAAUGAAGAAGGUUUUGCCGCCGAGCGGGCAGCUCAAUUGCUGGACAAAUAUGAUUCUGUCAUCUUUAGACUUAAGGGCCGGAAACAUGGAUGCAUUUCGCGUUGUUGAAUUGGCAGUUGAAUCGACGAGCAAAGACAUAUCCUGCUCCACCGGUCUACCAAACAGUAUGCCAACCUCUUAAUAUCUGAUAGUAUCUCCGUCAAGGUACGUAACUAACAAGCCUGAAACGUCUAUUGUGCCUCCGGAGAUGAACGUGUUGUGUCCGUGGGAGAAGCGUCACGUCCACGGACACGACACGUUCAUCUCCCACGUCUGGCAUAGCUAGGGGUUUGGUCGUUCACGUCCGCGACGCGCCCUGUAAGGAGGCCGUCCGAGGGGUCUGUCGCGUCCACGGACACAACGCGUCCAUCUUCCAUGUCUGGCGCAGCAAGGGGUUUGGUCGUUCACGUCCGCGACGCGCCCUAUGAGGAGGCCGUCCCAGGGGUUUGUUGCGUCCGCGUAGCAAGGGCGUUUGGUUGUUCACGUCCGCGGACACGCCGACGGGGUACGUGGUUUUCACUGGGCGAACAUCACAUUGCAUGGCAGGCUUGAUGUUGUCCCACCGUCAUAUCCUUCUUUUGUAUCGUUAAGCGGCAUCCACCCGGUAAGUGUGCGAUCAGAGAAUGGAUGGGUGAGAAAUCCUCCGGCGAGAGGAACCACGAAUGCAAUAGUUGUCGCUUUUUCCCUUCGCACGUACCUGCUGGAAGGUGCCAUCUUACGACUUUGGGAUAGCAUCUUUCACUACAGAGGCGUUACCUCUUGCCCACGGAAAUUACGCAAGAUGUUGCGGAAAGGAUGUGCUUUGACGCAUCUGACUAAACCUCUGAAGUUGCUACGACACCUGGGGCUUCUGACACAGCUAGGGGUCGAUGACCGCCUUUGUUGGAUUCGCCGUCGUUGCAUUUUCCCGGUUGGUGUUGCAAGGUGAUGAACCCGCGCUUUUGCGUGUCGUCGACUGCACCUUACCACUGCGGGUACUUUUCUGGAGGGACUGAUGGUAGAUGAAAGAUCCCUUUAGGGGUUGUCGGGACCUAUGACAAAGUAGAGACAAUGCUGGUGAAUAUGCAUUUGAGAUACUUUUUCGUCUUGUAUCUCGCCCAUUACUGUUGCAAAUCAAUAAAUUAGUGAUUGCUGAACAUUAUGGGCAACUGGCAACUCAGAAUAGACACUAUAUUGUGCUCAG